ACUCUAUUAAGUAGCUUUUGUACCUAUAUCAAUAUAGGAAUAUGAUUACUGAUGUUUAUAUUGUGGGAAGAAAUACUAUAUAGCGUGUAAAUAUUGGAUAGAAUGGAUAUUUUGUAAGAUCUUUAAUGUACAUUGUAUCAAGUAACUUGAUAAUUUAAAUACUUUACUUAGAUACUAUCAUUUCUGUAACAGCUUGCUUGCAGUUUGUUUAUCAAAUUUUAAGAUUUAUUCAAAAACAGGCCAAUGGAAAAUGUGAUAUGCCUUCAAAAAUGAAUGAAGAGCAGUAAAUCUCUCAACAGACUAAGAUACCUGUAUGAAAAGUACAGUUGCAAGACUGACAUGGGUAAUUCCAACUCUACAGAAAGUUUACUGCAGCAGUAUGAAGGUAAAAUAGAGAUCAUUGAACCUCUCAAUCUGAAGGAUUACGAAGACGAUGAUCAUCAGGAGGACACGGAUAAUGAAGAAGAGGAUAGUGACGAUGAGUUCUAUGAUGCAGAUGAAUUCAAUGAAAAGCGUCCACCUACACUGAUUGAUGUGUCCAUUGUUUCCAAGCUUGUGACUGAAGUGGAAGAACUACUAAACCAUGUGACUAGACAGGAUUACCAGGCUGCUUUUGAUGCAGCCAAAAUAUUACAGCAAGUCAAUAUAGGAUCUGCCUUUACUGGUGAUAGAAUUAAAUCUUUGGAGAUAACAUCAAAACUGCAAAAAGAGAAAUUAAGAAAUAUCAGACGACAACUUCCUCAACCUAAAGUUAGAUACUCAAGUUCUAGUCCUUCCAGGCUCAGUUCAAGUGGAGAUGACACUGUAUUAUCAGGUCAUGUGACUAAAAUCAACCAACCAAAUUUAUCAAGUCAAGUGAGACAAAACAAAAGUGAUGAUACAUUGAACAAAGUUGUAAACAAGGGAAAUAACUCCACACAAAUACAAAAGGAUGUGAAUAAGUCAAAGAGUGAGAACAACAAUAAUAUUAAACCUAUGACAUCUUCCUCGUCCAGUCAGGUUGGUGCUGUUCCUGAUUUGAUAAGAGUGGCACCAGAUUUAAAUGGAGAUACUUUAGUUUGGGACGUUGAUGUCUCUGAUAUAACAGCUAAAAGAUCUAUGAAGAAGCCAGUAUUGCCUAGUGAGAGAGAAGAUGUACUAACAGAUUAUAUUCCUCCUACUGUUACUGCUACAUACUCACAAAUUGCUGCUAGCAAAGUCAUGGACCAAAAAAGAUGGAUUUGUAUGAGCAGACCACAGUACAGUAAAUCGUGUGGUAUUUCGUCUGUUGUUUCGUGUUGGAAUUACCUCUUUAGUACUUUAGGACAUGGAAGCCUUUCACCAAUAACUCAAGAAGAAGCUUUAUUAUUUUUGGGAUUUAAACCUCCAUUUGGUGAAAUAAGAUUUGGACCAUUUACUGGUAACAUUACUCUUAUGAGAUGGUUUAGACAGCUGAAUGACCACUACAAAGUGAAAGGGAGGUGUUUUAACUUGUACAAACCACAGGGUAAAAAUAAAACCAGUGGAUUAACAUCAGAUGAAGCUCUAGUCAUAUUAAAGAAAGGUCUGGAGGAUCCUAAUAUAGCCUUUAUAUACCACUGCCAAAAUCAUUACUUCUGUCCUAUUGGUUACGAAGAUACUCCAUGUAAAGCUGAGCAGGCCUACAGUGGUGAACUAUCUGAGGAAGAUUAUAACACAUGGCUAUUAAUAGGAGAUCCUAGCAGACGACACCCAUGUAUACAUUGUAAACGAUGGGAAGAUAUAUCAGUUGAUUUGAAUUGCACUAAUCCAGAUUAUGUUGACAUACGUCGGCUGGAAAAAGGACUACAAAAACGUAAUACUAAAAAAGUUGGAGGAAACUUGCAUUGUAUAAUGGCAUUUCAGAAAUGUCAAACACCUCAGACUCAGACUCAUGCAUCACGCAGAACUCAAAUUCCUGUUUUAGGUGGUGCUGUAAAAAGAUCCUCUUCAGGAGGAAGACCAAAUACAAGCCCUGCACGAAGUUCCAGUCCACCACAACUAGCUGGAGGUUCACCCAUCAGUCCCGCUAGUCCUAGUUCUUCUCGUUUCGGUUUUGUUCAGAAGGAUAUCAAAAGUGCAUCAGAAUCUGCAUUUAACUUUCAAAACAAAGACCAAGGUCAUUUAAAAAAGAAUCCUAAUGACUUAGAUUAUGAAAAACUGAUAGCAAGCCAAAUGAACAAUGAAGAUGAAGAUGAAGUGUGUGAGGAUGAUACUGAAUCUGUUAUGAGUAACGACUGAAUCUGUUAUGAGUAACGACUGAAUCUGUUAUGAGUAACAACUGAAUCUGUUAUGAGUAACCACUGAAUCUGUUAUGAGUAACCACUGAAUCUGUUAUGAGUAACGAUUGAAUCUGUUAUGAGUAACAACUGAGGCUAUAAGUAAUAACUGAUAUUAUUUUUAUAUGUUGUGUUAUACCAUUAAAAAGUAUUUAUUACUGCUACAAAAAUAUCACACGAAAAAAAGAUUUUUAUAUUGAUAUCGAAAAUUUAGGCAGAUACAAACCAAAUAGCCUGUUUAAGGAUGAGAAAUGUGCCAUAUUUUUCUUGGAUAUUUUAAAAGUUUCCACCACAUUCUGGUGUUGUUUUUGACUGCAAAGAACAUAUUUUUUGUUCACACAUACCAACAUUUAAUUGUUUAAUCAUAUCAGAUUGCGGAAACAUGUUUUUUUUAUUUUGCCAGAUAUAUAUUAAUGUUAUGAUUUUUUGUGAAGUAAUUUAUUAUUUUUUUCAUACAAGAUGGUAUAUAAUGACUGGGUUAUUUGCCCUUGCAUAAAUUGAUAUGUUGUGGUUGUAAGCAUGAUGUGUGUGUUCAUUGUGUAUUCAUACCAUAUGGUAUUGUCUUUGGCUGAAGUUUGAAGUGGAAUCCCAUUUAUGGAUCUGCCCUAAUAUAUAAUAAUUAUGCAUGUAAUAUAAGAUCUAUAGAGGGGGGUUGGAGGGGUCCUGAUCCCGAAAUCCCAGGCUUUAAAACAUGACAUUGCGAGGUCCCGAAUUUAAAAAAAGAAUUCCAGUCAUCUUGAAAUUUGAUAAAAGAAAUCACAGAUCCCAAACGGGUUAAUCCUGAAAUCCUGAGCUUAAAAACGCCUGAUUCCCACUUUUUGAAAAGGUCCUGCCCCCCCCUCUUUUUAUCAAAUUCUUACCAUUUAAAGAAUAUAUUUGUUUUUCUUUAGUUUGAAAUUGUCUUUGUUUGAAAUACAACACAAAAUAACAAAUGAAGAUGUGAAAAUUGACCAGGUCAAUAUUUUUCACAAUUAAAAAGAUUUUUUUGUCUAAAAUUUUAGUUCUAGGAAUGCCAUAGAAUAUUGAAUUAUCACAGUAAUUAAUGUGAUGACUUUCUGUUCAUGCUGUAUGUACAACAAAAGUUAAGAGGAUGAAUUUGUAUAUGUUGACUAAAUAUAAAGAUACUUGUUUUUUCAUUUAUUUUAAAUGCAAAUGAUAUUACCAUUUAAAUUUAUUUUAUAUUAUUAUGCCACAUUGAAUAUCUAAUUAUACUUUAUACAUAUCAAAUACUAAUAAAUUAUUAUUAUUUAUGA